CAAAGAAGUGGGAAUUCUAUCAUCGCUUGGCUGACCAUUAAGGAUGAAGUUCAGAGCAAAUUGGAAUAAGGAUAAAUGUUUCAUUCCAUUCGCUUGUGUCACACUGAUCUUAUUCAUUUUGACCGUUCAUUUGACUAAGUUCUCUGGGCCAUUCCUCCAAAUGGGAAAAUUCCACAUGGACAUCAAUUUCCCACUUGAAACUACACAUUGUACAUCCUGGCUCUCAAAAGAACAUGAUCUGCCAACCCUCCCAAAUUUUAUUCGAAAUACCAAUGUAUUUUUAACGAUUGAGAGUGGUUGGUGGUACAAGCCACCCUAUCUGCUUCACUCACUGCCCUAUGGGAUUAAAGGCAAUGAAGCCAUUGUCAAAAAGAUAUUGGGUCGAACACAGUGUAACAUGCCAGAUGAGAUAGACAGGUUAGAUUGUAAGCGAUGUGUUAUCGUUGGUAAUGGAGACUCUCUGAGGAACAGCUCCCUGGGAGAAACAAUCAACAAGUACGAUAUUGUUAUUCGAUUAAACAAUGCUCCAGUGAGGGGCUAUGAAAAGGAUGUUGGAAAGAAAACGACUCUAAGGAUCUUUUACCCGGAAUCAACAAUUGAAGAUCCCACCGUUGAAAACAAUCUUGAUACACUCUUUGUGCUUGUACCAUUUAAGACAGCCGACAUCCACUGGUUGAAGGCGAUCGUGUACAAUGAGACAAAAAUUACAACAGGAUUCUGGAGAAGGCCAGCCUUUGUAAAGAAUUUGGAUCCUGCCAAGGUGCGGAUACUCAAUCCCUACUAUAUGUAUCAAGCCGUGGCAACAUUGCUGAAUCAACCCGACAAGGUUAAACAUAACACUGUGCACAAUGUCACCCAUGAACACCUGUUUUUGAAGAAGCUGAAGAAUGCUGGAGUGAUCAAAUACCUCACUUAACCAUCACAACCAUCUUUACAUUAUUGAGAUGG